AUGUAAAGAGUAUAUGCUCCUUGAAAUUAUGCAGCCCAAGGGAAUUUUUGAGGCGUUGCCUUCAACAGGCAUGGCAGCUCAUGCUGAGGAUGAAGAUGUUGAAGUUGUUGAAAUAGAGGAAAAACAUGGGAUGUAUGAGAAUGCUUCUAUAGUAGUAGCUGGAGAAGCUGUUUUUGAUGUCAAAAAGUUUACUUCUCUACCACCUCCGCCACCACUUCCAAUCUAUAAAGAUUCUUAUUCACAGUUGAUGGGCCAAGACGAGAAUGUGGACAUAGAUGGCGUUGAUGAAGAGACGACAGAAGUGGAUAUCGUUUGAACAUGUACUGCCUUAACUAUGAUACUUCUAGCUUUAGUAUGGUAGAUAUUACCCUAUAUAUCUUUUUUUGUUCAUCACCAUAUUUUUAUGCAUUUCCUAGAAAAGGUGAAGAAAGAAUUUAUGCAUCAUUAUUUGUGUGCAUCUGCUUUUUUCAAGUUAUGGGAUCCCUACUCAUGUGUUUUUGUCU